UGUUGGCUAAUAGGGAUAAUUUUCCUAUACAAACUUUUGUUUUGUUGGUUGAACCAAACACGCCCACAUACAUACCGACUUCACUCAAUAGUCCAAACAGCCUAUCAUGAAGGAUCUCUCGUGCGGGGCUCUCCCAAGCUCGGUCAUAGGCCGAGUGAUUCGGACUCGGAAGAGAUUAGUACAACCAAGCUCGGUUCAACAUAGCCGGCCCAAACCUGAACAGAAGAAACAUUUUUGCCACUCUGAGCAUCUUAUAUCUCAGUUCAGCAUCGUUUCAAUAGGUACUCCAGGAAGUCAGACAGAAUCGACAGUUCACCAGCCAAACCAACGAGAAUACAACAUGGAGAUCGAAAAGGCAGCACGCCAUGAUCUUAUAACCACGAUCAACUACUACAAUGAUCCAGGAGACGGAGGUGCUCCAAUGCCAGUCUACGUCGGAAAGGACCAAGUCACCAACAAACGACCCAUGUUGCCCGUUACGACCACCGUUACCGACGUGACGGGCGACGAGGAGAGUUUCACUCUCGAUCAAAACGGGUUCCAGUACCUGCAGCAUGUUAGCGGGUUCGCCGAGACACAAGAAGAAGCGUUCGCGGACGAAGAGAAGAUCCAAAAGAAAUAUCUUGCCGAGUGCGAGGGGUUGUUGAAGGGAGUAGCGGGUUUUCCUAGAUGUUAUCUUUCACUCACAUGACCACUGCGCUACAUACAAACCCCAUGAUGUUCAGCUAUCAAGCAAGGGCCUCGCAAGGGAUUGAACCUUCCCGGAUGCCGGGAUCGCUAGCCGAUAUGGAGCACACAUCUGAAUGGCAUGCAAUCCAAUCUGCAUUUGUACACCCAACCCAGCCAGGAACUCAACGGCGACCAGGGGCAUCAUGCAGGUAUCAGAUUUACUGGUGAUUGAUUGAUUCUGUGUAUAUCUAAUUCGAACGCUCUCUUUAGAAGGUAUAGAGGUUUUGGG